AUGAUUAAAUUUAAUCUGCUCCGAUUGACAGCUAUCCUGCUGUUGUCAUUUCAGAGCUCCCUUUGGAAAUCAAAAGCAUGGCGGUUGCCCAAAUUGCAGCUCUCCAGGUACUUAAAAGAUUUUUCCGAUUGGACAUUACAUGGAAGGAACAUAUUCUUCAAAAGGAAUGUUAGCGAGUACCAGAAUUGGCAAAAGGGGGUAAAAGGGGAAGAGAGAAUGUUAGCAGGAAAGGAAGAAGAGAAGCAAAAACGCCAGAAAGUAGAACGAAAAAUAAAACGUAAAAGGAGCAACGAAACAAAGAAGGUCAAUCAGGAGGGCAAAGAAAAGGACCCAAAAAGGGUUAUCCAGGGGACACCCAAAAAGGGAAAAAUAACUGAAAAAAAGGAAGAGGCAAAUGAGGGCGAAGACGCAAAGUGUAUAAAUAAGUAUAAAGCGGAAGACAAAGCCAAGGAUGAAGAAAACCAAGACGGAGACUUAAAACUAGGCGAAGGCGAAAUCCGAAGCAGUAAAAAACCCAACGCAGUGAGCCAUCGAUUGCCUUUCGAAUGCGAAGAGCUUCACAUUCCGGAAGGCCUAAAUAUAAACCAGGCGAUGAAACGCAUUCACUCCGUGCACUUUAUUUUUAUAAGCCAAAAAAAGGCGUGCACUAUAUUUUGUUGUCACUGUAAAUACAAGAAGGAAAUGUUUCACCAUAUGGUAGACGAAAUAUGGGAAGCAUACAAAGAGACCGCCUUAAAAGAAAGGGUACCAGAAGAAAUUCAAGUGAAGCUCUGGAUGGGAUGUAAAGACGAACUUAUGGAUGAUGUGGAAUAUAUGGAACAGAUUUCUAAAAAACAUCUCUAUCCGAUUGUUAAAAAAAAUGUUAUAGUGAGAAGAAAUUUUGACGAAUUUGUGAAGCGCUUUAACAUAUGGUGGGAUGCCACUAUGGAAAAGAAGAAGAACCUGUGGAUGGCACUUUUGAAAGAGAAAAUUGAAAGUUACAAAUCGGAAAGUAUGCCAACGUAG